CUUGGGGUUCACCGUCCCAGCUGGGGCCUUCUCCACAGCCAGCCAGCUCCCUCAACACCCCGACCCUCUCCUGCCUGCUGUCCAGGUGUCCCCCACCUCUGGCUUUUCCGUUGGUCUCACGUCUCCUCUUUCCAGGUGCAGUCACAGGGUCCCCUGUCCCCAGUGAGAUGAGGCGCCUCUCUCUCCCUCCCGGUUGUGGGGACAUUUUCCUGAUUGGGAUCAGCACCUGCAUGUUUGUGCUCAAGGAAAUGCUCUUUUGUACCCAGGAAACAUUCACCCAUUUCUUCAUCUCACGUGUCCGCCCAACCCCAGCUGUGCCCCUUUUAUUUGGAGCCUUGUGGGCAGCUGCUAACAGUGAGUGAAACGUUUCCUGGCCCCACCAAAGGACUUCUGCCUGCAUCCUCAGCCUCAGCUCACGAGGUGGAGAAUCUCCCAAUGAGCUGACCGAUGUCACCAGGACCCCCUCACGCUCUCUUCUUCCUUCUUCCCAUUCCUGCCGAGGUCCCAUCAAGGGAGACUUCCUGCUCAUUCACUGGACGUGUGGCUUCUCUCUCCUCUUCUGCUUUGCCAGCCCCUCAUGCUCUCUGCUCCCAGAGCCUGCUCCCUCCUACCAGGUCUCCAGAAAGCAGAGGGAGGGAACAUCUGUCUUAUCCCUUCAAGGCUUUGGGAUGUAUUUGGUCUCAGACCUGGAGCCUCUGAGCAGAGUUUCCUCUUGGGUUGUUGUUGGUCUCUCCUAUGUGGCACCCAAGCCCGUGACCUAGCAGAGUACGACGGUGGGUGGGACACGGGAAGGGAAGAAAUGGUUUCCUAAUUCCCUCUUUCCAUAUUCGCUGGAGAAGAAGCCACUUCCAGAUUGGAAGUCCACAUGGUUGGCCCCAUCGUGGCCACAAGGGGCCUGUGGGCAGAUGUGGGAAGGGUGCUGCCUUAGCUGACGCCCCUGCAGGGCCUCUGAAAGGAGAGAGCUGGGCUGCAAGAGAUGGAGCCCCCCGGGAUGCAACCAGGGGGCAUCUAGGGCACCCUCUGUGCCCUGAACAUGCAAAGAAAACUUAGGACUGGGUACUAAUUCCCACUUCUGCUCCCCCGGGAGGUCCUCCAACAGAGUCUUGUUUUAGUCGUCUCUGCAUUAUCUGCAUCUGCAAGAGUUCUCAGCCAGGGCCGGGCGCCCGUUUCAUGUGUGUUGACUUGAGCACAUUAUGAAUGAAUGCAGGAUCCCUGGUUUAUGCGCACAAUGUCAGACGUGAAGACCAAUGCCCAGUUGCUCAGAGGCCGCGUGGACAACAUCAGCGCUCUGGGUUCUGAGGUUAAGAGGAAUAGAGGCGACGUGGAGGCAACGCGCAUUCAGGUCCAGAUGGCGAAUGCCAGCCUGGAUCACGUGCGUUCUCAGGUCCGGAGGCUGGAAACCGGCGUGAAGGAAGCCAAUGCACAGAUCCAGGUGUUAGCAAGAAGAUGGGAGGAGGUCAAUGAUUUAAAUGCCCAAGUUCCAGAGUUAAAAAGAGAGUUGGACAAAGCCAGUUCUUUAAAUGCAAAGGUCCGGGGACUCCAAAGCAGUUUGGAGAAUAUCAGCAAGUUGCUCAAACAGCAAAAUGACAUUUUGCAGAUGGUUUCCCAAGGCUGGAAGUACUUCAAGGGGAACUUCUACUACUUUUCUCAAGUCUCAAAGACCUGGUACAGUGCCCAGCAGUUCUGUAUGUCCAGGGAUUCACAGCUGACCUCAGUGACCUCAGAGAGUGAACAGGAGUUCCUGUACAGGACGGCAGGUGGACUUUCCUACUGGAUCGGCCUGACCAAAGCUGGGAGCGAGGGGGACUGGUCCUGGGUAGAUGAUACCCCAUUUGACAAGGUCCAGAGUGCACGGUUCUGGAUUCCAGGUGAGCCCAACAAUUACAAGAACAAUGAACACUGUGCUGAUAUAAAGGUGUCCUCGCUUCAGUCAUGGAAUGACGUCUCCUGUGACAGCACGCUCUUCUUCAUCUGUAAACGGCCCUACAGCCCAUCAGAACCAUGACGG